AUCCCAUACCGCGUACCAAACGACACUAGGGCUUGCCAUAUUAUGAUUUUUGAAUUUGCCACCCCACCCCCACGCUACCCCCACCCCCAACCCCACUUGAAUAACUUAUAAACAAAUAUUUAUUCGAAUCUUUUGAAAUUUACUGAAAAAUAUCUCUGCCUUUUUUCUCCAUAGAGUUUCUGGGAAUAAUGGGGAAAAGGGCUAAGAAAAAAGCCAGUAGUGGUGUAAAGCUAACGCGGAAUCCUGUUGCAUCUACAAAUCCUAUUGAUGAAAAGAGCAGUCCAAAUAUUGAUUCUCCUGAUGAUGCAGCUGUUGUUGUAAGUGAUAGAAAAGGAUGUCCACAUGUUGAUAAGGUUAUUAAUGUGGACAAAGUCUCUGCUAAACUUGGGUCGUCGGAAUCUGUUAGGUGUGAGGAUUGCAGGGAAGAAGUAGCUGAUAGACGAGCAAGUAGGAAACAAGGAAAAAAUAAGGGAGGUGCAGAUCCCAAGCAGAAGUCUAAAGCCAUUUGGGUCUGUUUAGUAUGCGGACAUUUCUCGUGUGGAGGUGUUGGGCUCCCUGCUACACCUCAGAGCCAUGCAGUUCGGCAUGCAAGGCAUUACCAUCACCCCCUAGCCGUACAGUUUGAAAAUCCUCAACUGCGCUGGUGUUUUCUGUGCAAUACACUACUUCGUGCUAAGAAAGUAGAGGAUGGCAGUGAACAAAAAAAUGUACUUGAGUACAUUCUCAAGAUGAUUAAAAGAAGUCCGUCUGAAGGACCUACUGUUGAUGUGGAAGCUGUUUUGUUUGGGAGUGGGAGUGUCGCUAGUGGGAUUAAGUCAGAAGCUUCUGCCUCUAUUGGUGCUGAUGGAGAAGGUGGUUAUGUAAUCAGGGGAUUGGUUAAUUUAGGGAACACAUGUUUUUUCAAUUCCAUAAUGCAGAACCUACUGGCAAUGAAUAGACUACGGGAUUACUUCCUUAAGUUUGAUGGUUUUUCUGGUCCUCUUACCGUUGCUCUGAAGAAUCUCUUUACUGAGACAAGCAACGAGACUUCCUUGCAAAAAUCUAUAAAUCCAAAAUCUUUGUUUGGUUCAAUAUGCGCCAAGGCUCCACAGUUUCGAGGAUACCAACAGCAGGACAGUCACGAAUUGCUUCGUUGUUUACUUGAUCGUCUGUGUACUGAGGAAUUGAUCCUCAGAAAGCAAAACAAAUCUUCUCAGGAUGGCGAUAACUCCCUACGUUCAUAUCCAACUUUUGUUGAUGACAUCUUUGGUGGUCGACUCUCUAGCACCGUUAGUUGUCUUGAGUGUGGGCACACUUCAGUUGUCUAUGAGCCAUUCUUGGAUCUCUCGUUGCCUGUUCCGACUAUAAGACCUCCAUCUAAAGGAGCUCAAUCAAUCUCCAAUGCCAAAAUAUCAAAACCUCCAAAGAGAAGCGGAAAAGUUCUUCCUAAAGUUAGCAGAGAUGCAGCUUCUCCUAAUUCUCAAAGUGCUCAAGGAAAUGAAGAGAAAUCUCUAAGCCAUGUGCAUCCUACAGUACCUGUCUCUGAAGGAAUGAUAGUUCCCUCUGAUGCAUUGCUAGAAUUCAUUGAUGCUGGUGUUAUGGCCGAUUAUAUGGGUUUAACUUCACAGGACUUAUGUUCCAUUCAGAAGUCCUCUUAUGAGCGAAAUUGUGAGGGUGUGACUGGGCAGUUGGCUACGGUGGAUGAUUCGACCUGGUUAGAUUUUCUCGAUCAGGAUACAUUGCCAAAUGGUGAUGAUGCAGCUUCACAUGUUGAUGACAGCCUGACUAAUCAGGGUUCUGAAAUUGGAUCUGUUCAACCUGUUGACUCUUUGCAGAAUAAUCUUAAUGCUGAUACAGAGGUGAAGUUGACAUGUACAGACAUCACUUGUUCUCCUAUAGGGCCUUCUGAUGCAUCGCUAGAAUCCAUUGAUGCUGGUGUUAUCGCUGAUUAUUUGGGUUUAUCUUCACUGGACUUAUGUUCCAUUCAGAAGACCCAUUAUGUGCGAAAUUGUGAUGGUGUGACUAGGCAGUUGGCUACAGAAGAUGAUUCGACAUGGUUAGAUUUUCUCGAUCAGGACACACUGCGAAAUGGUGAUGACUCAGCUUCACAAGUUGAUCAUGUCCUGACUAAUCAGGGUUCUGAAACGCGAUCUGUUCAGCCUGUUGACUCUUUGCAGAAUAAUCUGGAUGCUGAUACACAGAUGAAGUUGACAUGUACAGACAGCUGUUUUUCUCCUAGUGAUUUAAUGUGCUUGGAUGAUCAAAGACAAUCCGAAUCAGCAGUCUGCGAUAUAGAUUCUGAAUUCAGUAAAAAGUUACUGAUUAAAGACGUUAUAAAUGUUGAGCAUAGCUCAGUGUUCUGCAGCCAGAUCUGCUCUGUGGAUUCUAAUCUUGGCACAGAUUCAUAUACAAGGCUAUCGGAAGAUGAAGCCCUGUUACAACUACAAGAGUCAGAGGUUCUGUUACUUCCUUACAAAGAAGUAACCUCAAGUGCUGGCGACACGUUAACAGAAGGUUGUGAGGUAUCCUCCGCUGCUGUUGGUUGGGAACAAGAUUCAUUGGACUUGGAUGGUGUGGGAGAUUUAUAUAAUGAACCUGAGUCUGAUGCACAACUUUCUGAACAACUUUUGUGCAACGGCGGCGUUUCUCAGGCCAAUGGACUCUGCGAAACUAGGUUUACUGUUUCAAACAUCAGCGAGUCUGAUCCGGAAGAGGCUGAUAAUACAGAUGCUCCAGUAUCAGUUGAGAGUUGUUUGGCUUAUUUUACAAAGCCCGAGCUUCUUUCCAAAAGUGAACAUGCUUGGCAAUGUGAAAAUUGCACAAAAGUUCUUAAAGAAAAGAGAAUGAGAUCUAAGAAUAAAUCGGUAAAGCCUAGAUCACAUAGCCUGGUGAACGGACAUGAGGGCAACAAUCCAAAUGGUGCGUCUCGUUCAGGGACAUCUCCUCCGACUGGACUGAGAAAUAAUGGAAGUACAGACAAUGAUGCACUAGAAACUUUUGAAGACAGGUUGUUGUCCCCAAAGGGAACCAGCCCUAGAGCUGAGCAAGAUUCAGUGUCUUGGAUAUUGGAAAACAACACAGAGGAAAAUCAAGGUGAAGCUAGUAGUCAAAUGAAUAUCAACUUACAGAACAAUAUAAUUCAGCUGCUGGAAGCUCCACUGAUUUCUGCUAAAUCUGAAUCUGAAGAAAGUGAGAGCGAAGAGACAGACUUUAAAAGAGUUGGGGCCGAGAGAGAUGCAACUAAACAGAUCCUAAUUGAUAAGGUCCCUCCUAUUUUAUCAAUUCAUCUAAAGAGGUUCAGUCAAGAUGCUCGGGGGCGCUUGAAUAAGCUGAAUGGCCAUGUCAAUUUCAGAGAUACUGUUGAUCUCAGACCAUAUGUUGACACCAGGUGCCUGCAGAAGGAGACAUACAAAUACCAGCUUAUUGGUGUAGUGAUACAUUCGGGGACGAUGAGAGGAGGUCAUUAUGUUGCAUAUGUUAGAGGAGGUCCCAAGAUUGCAGGGAAAGACAAGAACGCGGAAGAUUUCGCGUGGUAUUAUGCAAGCGACAGUCAUGUUCGUGAGGUCUCGUUAGAGGAAGUUCUUCGCUCUGACGCGUACAUUUUGUUUUACGAAGAAACUUGAUAGAAAUUUCUUAAUUUAUGAUGAUAUUUGGGUAUACACACACAUACACAGAAAAGGAAAGGGGUAGGAGAAUUUCCAGUACCAACACCCAUUUUUUGGUUUUACUUUUCCAAUUUUGAUGUGCAAUUGCAUAAGGAAGAGUAUAUAACUUAACAAUAUACCUUGAGAAAGAGAAUAUGAUUAUUUUAUUUUUUUUUAUGAGAAUUGAAUUGGUAUAUAACUAUUUACCAUUUUGAUUUAUAUCAAUAGCAUUGUAACUUUUCACUCUA